AUGGAUAGGCAUUGGGAAAGGGCACACGACUUCACCAAUUCACGCGCAUUCAACUGGUCAGAUUGCCUCGGUUUUGCUGGAAAUGACCUGGAAGAACGUAACAAGAUUGACAGACGCAGGCAAGCGAACGAGCGCCUACCUGGUUUCGACAGGACAAGAGUUGGCAGCUUGAACACGGUUUGGAAGGGCACAUACAAUGACUUCAUGAUUGGCCAACCAAUGCCGGACUAUCAGGAGUCGUACCCAAACGUCAAAGACAGGAUGCGCGAACGGCAGCAACAGUAUAUUGACUGGACACGUGCUCGACUCAACCCAAAUGUAGACGUGCCAAUAUUGAAGAUGCAAAGACGAAGUCCUGAGUUGCCAAAGCUGGAAUUCCAUCAUCAGACAUGGCUUGAGCUGUCCGCAAAAUCGGUGGCAAAAAAAGACCAACUUGCUGCACUGGACUAUCUCAGGUCCUCGCAUCCCCAGGUCAACAGAGAGCUUGACGAGCACAACGCUCUACAGAGAUGCCUUGCAGUGCCGCUCUUGGAGUAUAAGUGGCUACAGACCGCACUCGACGCAGUGUCAGGCGAAUGCACUCUUUUACGGGAUGACGAAGACCUUUGGUUUGCUCACCUCAACAUCGACUUGGAUGCAGCAGUCUACCAAUGCCUGCAGGAGGCAGUGGGAGUCUGGGCACACUUCUCUUUGCCAGGACGUGGCAAAAAUUCAUACAAAGACAAACUGCUCGUCAAGGCCCUAAGCAGCACUAGUCCGUCUCUGCAGUUGAAGAUUGGCUUCAACAACGCCACCAUUGACGAGUCGUGGCUCAUCCGUAUGACCCGGGGUGUCCAGCUGAAGUGCCAGAUUCGAUUCACCAGCGCCACAAUCGUCUACCAGAUACCUUAUGCAGCCACAUUAGACGCACUGACAGCCUUGCGUCACCUGUUCUUCCCAGGAAGGGGUCCACCAGAAGCACAACUGGGAUCGCCGCUGGUACCGCAAGAGAUUAUUGACGGGUUGCGCAACGGACAACAGCUGAUAGGAGGCCCACUCAAUGAUGAGCAGCUGGAAGCCGUCUGCAACAUCCUGACCCACAGCCGCCUUCACCACGUUUACACUUUGGUGGGACCGCCCGGAACAGGGAAGACGAGGGUUCUCGACGAGGUGCUGCUCCAAAUUUACAAACACCACAUGGAGGACAACCCAGCAGAUGCCCUCGUCCACCUAGUAGUAAAUAGCAACAAGGGUAUUGGCGCGACAGUCAGGAGACUCCUGCGUAGAGACGUCAACCGGGCCGCCAUCGUGAGACUGACUUCAGAGAGGGAACUGGCCAACUGCCCAGAAGAGACCAUGGACCUGACCCAGCGAGCAUCAAAGGUUCAGUACAAGAGGGAACACCAGCUCGUAAUAUGCACCCCAAUCUCUAUUGCGCGGAUCAGCUUAUCAGAAGGUGCCAACAACCGCCCGCCACUCAUCACAUUGCUCGACGAGGCAGGUUCCUUUUCCUUCCCUGACAUCGCAGGAGCCCUUACGAUGAACGGCCAGGCAGUCGCAACAGUCGCAGCAGGAGAUCCACUUCAACUCACCCCCAGAAGCAUGAGUCCCAUCAACGCAGCCCUGGAUGGUGGGAAAACCAUCUUCCACCUCCUUCCCCAUACUGGAGAUUGGAUUGGCCCAAACUACAUCCCCCACCCAGGCUGCGGAACAUACCUGACGAAGAAUUACCGUUCCCACUACAAGAUCGUGGAAGCAAUCUCCUCUAUUUUCUACGGUGGCAAAAUGACGGCAGCCCAGCCCACAACACCAAGUGACGAUCGCUGCAAACUGCGCGAAGCACUACAGCCGUUCGGCCUGGGGGACACGGCCGAGGCCUUGUACUGGCUGGACUUCCACAGUCCAGCUGAGAGGGGUCUAUAUGACCCCUCUCUGUACAACCCUGGCGAAGCUCGUCUUGUUGCCACCAUUGCUUCGCAGGUCUCGUCACGGGUUGGUGCCAACAGAGUGUGCGUCUUGACACCAUACAGACGUCAGAUGGAGGAUAUUGCCAAACUGGUGCCUCAAAAGAUCCCCGUCCAGACAAUUGACGACAUCCUCGGACUUGAGCGGGACAUUGUUGUGAUCUCCCUUGUGCGGGCUGAGAAAGGAGGGGUGUGCUCAAGGAAAGCUGAAGCUGCGGUGAUCAAGAGGGAGUUGGCACACGACGAGCAUUUGCAGCCCGAAGCCCCAUCCUUCCUUGGCUUUAUGUCUCACCCCAACCGUGCCAAUGUGAUGCUAAGCCGAGGUAAAGAGGUUGUCCUGAUUGUUGGUUCCAAGGAGCACUACCUUCGAUCGAACGCAGACCACUGGCGCCAAAUUGCAGACAGAUGUGUGAGCCUGCAAGUGGCAAACUUUGAGUGUUGAUUAUGCUUUCUGUGAUUAAUUGUGUGCCAGCUUGCGAGUGCCAUGUAUUAGUAAUAUUUAUAUUCAUAACUGUG